GUUUACCUUCUGGGUUGUCCGGAAUUAUAAAUUUUGCGGAGGAAAUGAGGAAGGAUUAUAAGUUGACUCAAAUGUAUAUGCCUUUCUAUGCAGCUUGCAUAUCAGCUGCUUUAGGGUUCCUGUUCUUUUUCUUGUCGCUUUCCAGUCCUUAUUGGUUGCAGUCGUAUGAUCGUGUACAUAGUUCUUUUCUCCACAUGGGGAUAUGGUCUGUAUGUUUUGACAAAUUUGUGCAUCCACAAGAUUACCACGCCAAUGUGUUGACUGGGUGCUUUUGGGUAUAUGACCGUUUUUUCUUCAAGAUUGGCAUAUGGCAGUGGCUAAAUCCAUACUGGUUGAUUGGUGUUCAAGUUUUAAUAACUAUAGCAUUUACGGCAAAAUGUUGCGUCAUUUUAAUCCUGGUCUUGUAUCACUUGUUGUUUGGUCAUCCAGCUGCUGAAUCAACUAUGGCUCUUGUUGGUGAGAUAUUUAUAGGGAUUCUUUUGACAAUAUGUAUUUUAGUAUUUGGUAUUAGCUCACAGAGUAGAAUAUGGAUGCCAAGACCUGAUCAAUAUUUUCUAUCAUGGUCAUUUGGUUUUAUUAUAUUAGCAGCUAUUUGUUCGUUUAUUUCAUCUGGUUUCUUGUAUUGUAUAAGUUAUACAGAUCGAGCAGCUCAAGAAGAAGUUGAAAAAUUCGAAGCUGUUGAAACAAAUUAUGGCAUGCCAAGUGUUCUUUCCGGUCGAAUAGGCAGUGGUGGUUUAUAUAGUGGAGGAUUAAGUGGUAUUGGGGGUGCAGGUGGUGUUGUAGUUAAAGUUCCAUCAACUGGAGCUCGUCCUGAACAAGUGAUUGCAUUAGAUUCGGACUUACGACCUAUGGAUACAGGACAUGAAAGUAUGAGUUUAUUUUCACCUAGUAUUGGAAUGAUAUCUAAUAAUAAUCCAUAUCAUCAUUAUAAAGGAAUAGAAAAACAAUCCAUUCCAUUCAAUAAUCAACUUCAUAAUGAAUCUAAUUCACAAACAUUUUCAUUCAUUGAAAGUGAACAACAUAGUCAAGAAACACCAUUAUAUGUAAAUCAUCCAACAACAAAAUAUAACAAACAUGGUCUAAUACAACCAUCAAAUUAUUCAUCAUCAUCACCAUCAUCAUCUAAUAUGAAAUCUUAUUCACCGUUAGGUGAAAAUGAAGAAGUAGAAGAUCCUAGUAUAUUAUCUGAGAAUCCUGAUGAUAGACGAAAUACAAUUAUUCAACGUGAUAAUAAUAAUUAUAUGCAUCAUGAUACAUCAUCACCUUCACCUCUUAGACAUUCAUUACCAACAUCUCAAAGAGGUUAUCAUCAUAACACUACACGUUAUUCUCAUUAUUGAUUAGUGAUAUUGAUUGAUUGUUUGCUUGUUUAUUUAUAUAAAAUACAUUCAUAUCAAUAGUUUUUCCCCAGAAUUUUAAAUGAACAUAGUAGUUAGCCCUAUAUUGAGCCCAUAUAGGUUAUUCUAGUUUCUGAAUAGACCAAUUUAUUGCUUCGUCUUGAAUCAUAUUUUGACUUUGGUAAUGAUUUGCCUCUCCUUGUUUUGCCUUACUUUACUUCUCCUUGUUUAAACUUUGCCUUACGUCGAUUCGAUUCGAAUAGAAAUGUUGAGUAACGCCUAAUUAAAGAGAGAUAGUUAACAUGCUUUCUCUAAGCUGAAUGGUUUGGUCAUGGAGCUUUCAUCAUUCUUCUGAACGACAUCAUCAUCACAAACUUCAAAAUCAUCCAUUUGAGCUGCAAAACUUCUUCACUAUGCCUUCUCUAAUAUGUUUUGCUUCAAUCUAUCCUCUUCUCUUUCUUCACUCCGUCUAUCUGAUCAACAAUUUUAC